CCCCAGCCCCAGCCCCGAGGGGUCAAGCCAGGCCCUCGGGCUCCACUUCACAGGGGCGCCUCAGGCAUCCGGCCCCUUUCAGACCAAGAGCAACUGAUGCCAUGGGAGGAGCCCCCGCCCACCUGUCUGCUCGCCUGGCACUGCCCGCUCUGAGGCCCCUGCCCUGGGUCCCCCUGGAGGUGCCAGCCCUGUGAAUCCCUUCCCUGUCCCCCACGCUGAGGCCCUGCCCACCCCACCAUGUGUGAGGUGAUGCCCACAAUCAACGAGGGGGACCCUCUGGGGCCCCCACAUGGUGCUGAUGCGGAUGCCAACUUUGAGCAGCUGAUGGUGAACAUGCUGGAUGAGCGGGAGAAGCUGCUGGAGUCCCUUCGCGAGAGUCAGGAGACCUUGGCGGCCACGCAGGGCCGGCUCCAGGAUGCCCUGCAUGAGCGGGACCAGCUGCAGCGCCACCUGAACUCCGCCCUCCCCCAGGAAUUUGCCACCUUAACCCGGGAGCUAAGCAUGUGUCGGGAGCAGCUUCUAGAGCGGGAGGAAGAGAUAUCGGAGCUGAAAGCAGAACGGAACAACACGAGGCUGCUUCUGGAACACCUGGAGUGCCUGGUGUCCCGCCACGAGCGAUCGCUGCGGAUGACGGUGGUGAAGCGGCAGGCCCAGUCACCCUCAGGGGUCUCCAGUGAGGUGGAGGUGCUGAAGGCCCUCAAGUCGCUGUUCGAGCACCACAAGGCCCUGGAUGAGAAGGUGCGAGAGCGGCUCCGGGCGGCCCUGGAGCGAGUCACCACCUUGGAGGAGCAGCUGGCAGGUGCCCACCAGCAGCUGUCUGCCCUGCAGCAGGGAGCAGGGGUCCGGGAUGGAGCGGCGGAAGAGGAGGGGGCUGUGGAGCUGGGACUGAAACGCCUGUGGAAGGAUGAUGAGGGCCGGCUGCAGGAGCUGCAGGAGCUGCUGGAGAAGCAGAACUUUGAGCUGAGCCAGGCCCGGGAGCGGCUGGUCACUCUGACAGCAGCUGUGGCUGAACUGGAGGAGGACCUGGGCACUGCCCGUCGGGAUCUGAUCAAGUCGGAGGAGCUGAGCAGCAGGCAUCAGCGGGACCUGCGGGAGGCUCUGGCCCAGAAGGAGGACAUGGAGGAGCGAAUCACCACACUGGAGAAGCGCUACCUGGCUGCUCAGCGUGAGGCCACGUCCAUCCAUGACCUCAAUGACAAGCUGGAGAAUGAGCUGGCCAAUAAGGAGUCCCUGCACCGCCAGUGCGAGGAGAAGGCUCGGCACCUGCAGGAGCUGCUGGAGGUGGCAGAGCAGAAGCUGCAGCAGACCCUGCGGAAGGCAGAGACGCUGCCAGAGGUGGAGGCCGAGCUGGCCCAGAGAAUCGCAGCCCUCACCAAGGCUGAGGAAAGGCAUGGCAACAUUGAGGAGCACCUGCGGCAGCUGGAGGGCCAGCUGCAGGAGAAGAACCAGGAGCUGGCGAGGGUGCGCCAGCGGGAGAAGAUGAACGAGGACCACAACAAGCGGCUGUCAGACACUGUGGACCGGCUGCUCAGCGAGUCCAACGAGCGCCUGCAGCUGCAUCUCAAGGAGCGCAUGGCGGCACUGGAGGAGAAGAACACGCUGAUGCAGGAGCUGGAGAGCUCCCAGCGGCAGAUAGAGGAGCAGCACCACCACAAGGGCCGCCUGUCUGAAGAGAUUGAGAAGCUGCGCCAAGAGGUGGACCAGCUGAAGGGUCGAGGGGGGCCGUUGGUGGAUGGCAUCCACUCCAGGUCGCACACGGGCAGCGCGGUGGACCUGCGAUUCUCCCUGAGCACGGCAGCCCCGGGCCUGCGUCGCCGCUUCUCCCUGCGGGAAGAGUCUGCCAAGGACUGGGAGCGGUCUCCACUGCCCGGCGUGCUGGCCCCCACGGCCGCCCCUGCCUUCGACAGUGACCCUGAGAUCUCCGACGUGGAUGAGGACAGGCCAGGGGGUCUGGUGGGCUCCGUGGAUGUUGUCUCCCCCAGCGGCCACUCUGAUGCUCAGACCCUGGCCAUGAUGCUGCAGGAGCAGCUGGACGCUAUCAAUGAGGAGAUCAGGAUGAUCCAGGAGGAGAAAGAGUCCACGGAGCUCCGCGCGGAGGAGAUUGAGACGCGAGUGACGAGCGGCAGCAUGGAGGCCCUCAAUCUGACCCAGCCACACAGGCGGGGCCCCAUCCCCACCUCUCUGACUGCCCUGUCCCUGGCCAGUGGGUCCCCUGCAUUCAGUGGCCGCUCCGCACCUAAGUGUGCCUCCCGCAGUGCUGCUCAGGACCUGGACCGGAUGGGGGUCAUGACCCUGCCCAGUGACUUGCGGAAGCACCGGAGGAAGCUGCAGUCACCAGUGUCUCGGGAACAGAACCGAGAGGAUAAAGCCACCAUAAAAUGUGAGACUUCUCCUCCUUCCUCACCCAGGACGCUGCGGCUUGAGAAGCUCGGCCACCCAGCCCUGAGCCAGGAGGAAGGCAAGAGUGCCGUGGAGGAGCAGGGCAGCAACCCCAGCAGCAGCAGCAGCAGCCAGGACUCCUUGCACAAGGGCGCCAAGCGCAAAGGCAUCAAGUCGUCCAUCGGCCGCCUGUUUGGGAAAAAGGAGAAAGGCAGGCUGACCCAGCUGAGCCGCGAUGGAGCUGUGGGCCACGAUCUGACAGACUCCGAGCUCGGUCUGCAGGAGCCCCUGGUGCCUGCCAAGCUGGGGACCCAGGCAGAGCGGGACCGGCGGCUGAAAAAGAAGCACCAGCUGCUUGAAGACGCCCGCCGAAAGGGACUGCCCUUUGCCCAGUGGGACGGCCCUACCGUGGUCUCCUGGCUAGAGCUCUGGGUGGGGAUGCCGGCCUGGUACGUGGCGGCCUGCCGGGCCAAUGUCAAGAGUGGGGCCAUCAUGUCGGCCCUGUCGGACACGGAGAUCCAGCGGGAGAUCGGCAUCAGCAACGCCCUGCACCGGCUGAAGCUGCGGCUGGCCAUCCAGGAGAUGGUGUCGCUGACCAGCCCCUCUGCCCCGCCCACCUCCAGGACUUCCUCCGGGAACGUCUGGGUCACCCAUGAAGAGAUGGAAACUCUGGCAACAUCCACUAAUACAACCCUGGCCUAUGGGGACAUGAGCCACGAGUGGAUCGGGAACGAGUGGCUGCCCAGCCUGGGGCUGCCCCAGUACCGCAGCUACUUCAUGGAGUGCCUGGUGGACGCACGCAUGCUGGACCACCUGACCAAGAAGGACCUGCGGGUGCACCUGAAGAUGGUGGACAGCUUCCACCGAAGCAGCCUGCAGUACGGCAUCAUGUGUCUGAAGAGGCUCAAUUACGACCGGAAGGAGCUGGAGAGGAGGCGGGAGGAGAGCCAGCACGAGAUCAGGGAUGUGCUGGUCUGGACCAACGAGCAGGUGGUCCACUGGGUCCAGUCCAUUGGGCUUCGGGACUACGCAGGGAACCUGCAGGAGAGCGGCGUGCACGGCGCCCUGCUGGCCCUGGACGAGAACUUCGACCACAACACGCUGGCCCUGGUCCUGCAGAUCCCCACACAGAACACCCAGGCACGCCAGGCGAUGGAGAGAGAGUUCAACAACCUCUUGGCCUUGGGCACCGACCGGAAGCUGGAUGAUGGGGAGGACAAGGUGUUCCGCCGCGCGCCCUCCUGGAGGAAGCGCUUCCGGCCGCGGGACCUCUCCGCAGGCGUGCUCGGCGUGUCCCCGCUGGGGUCCCUGCAGCCUCCACCGGCCCCGCCUAAGAAGAUCACGCCUGAAGCGCACUCCCACUAUCUCUACGGACACAUGCUCUCUGCCUUCCGGGACUAGCCACGGCCCCCAGGGCGCCACAGGCUCGGCCACUGGACCCCACCUGCUCGACCCCUUCCUCCCAGGCUCCCAGGCUCUUCAGCGACUCUCCAGCCGCCCUGGAUCUCAGAAUAUUCGCGCCCACCCCUGGGCCGUCCACCACCCCAGGCCCCGCGUGUCCUUUGUCGUCUGCUGUGGCUGGGCCUCCUGGAGUCAUGCAGCCCCGGGUGGUGUGACUCCCCCUCCCGCCUGGUCCUGGCCUGGCCUGGACUCCGACCUCCAGGGGAGACCAGGGCACCGACCCGGGCCAGGCGACCUUGCCAAGAAAAGGGCACCUCAGACUGCACGUGGGCUCUCUGCCUCUGGUCCCUGUCCCUGUCCUGGCUGUGCCCAGUGGCCUGACUUCCAUGGCUUCUGCUCCAGGACCCCCUGCGGGGCUGGGCGGCAGCAGGCCUGUCCUGGGUGAGGCUGGGGAGGAGGUCCCAGGCCUGGCCUAAGCUGAAUCCCGCGUGUGCAUUUGAGAAGAAUCUGGGAGAAAUGGGCCCCUGAGCUUUGGGCCAAGGGUCCAGGUGUGGAAACAGCCCCCAUUCAGUGAGGCGCGGGCUGGUCAGUGGAGGAGACCAGAGGGCUGUGGUGGCCUCACCUCAAGGGCAGAGGGAUGCCUCCCGUCCAGGGUGGGGUAGAGCUGCUGGGGGGCAGGGGAAGGGCGCGGGACGUCGGGACCUGUGGCCUUAGCUCUGGGCAGGACAGAGAUCACCCCAGGCCCUGCCAGCCCUGCUCUGCACCCUGCCCCUCGGCCCCUCGGCCCCUCGGCCCCUCAGCCCCUCGGCCCCCUGCAGGAACCCCAGCCCCAUAGCGUGGGCGGCGGUGGAGUGAGUAUGCACUGCCUCAGCCUCCGGUUUGGGGAGAAGGGAUGCUGAGGCUGCCUCCCCUUCUCUCCUGGGAAGAACGUGAGGCUCCCCCCUAAGUGAGUCGGGCCCAGGCCCAGGUCAUCGAAUGUGGGUGAAGGCCAUCCUUCCACCCCUUGCUCAGGGCUCCCUGGGUGUGCAGGGCCUGCCUCCUCCAGAAGUUUCUACCAAGCGGGCAGCGUUCCCCAGCAGCAUGUCAUUCCCAGGAAAUGCUCUUCCUCACCCAACACAGUGCAGGGAAGUGCCGGGGACCCACGUUCAGGAUGUGGGUGGAACCCGGCUCCAUCCAAGCGAGAGCAGAGGCAGGUGUGUGGCCACACUCCCAGCAGGUGCUGAGCAGCUGGACCUGGUUCUGCAGGAGGCUGUGCUAGUGGGGCAGUGCCAGGCUCAGCACUUGGCGACGUCUCAGAGGUGAGGUCCCCAUGCUGGGGGGGUGGGGCUCCCCUCAUGCCCUGCCCGCCCCCGGCAUCAGCCACUGUGGAGAUGAUGGGCGGGGAGAGAAAGCCCCUGUGCUUGGGUGAUGGAUGUGCAGGUCGUGGAGAAACCCCAGGCCCCGGUUGGUGGAGUGGGGACUACAAGGCCAUGUGACGGUCAGGGGACCCGAUAAGCGGGUACGUGGGCGCGGCCGCAGCCGUCCUCCACUUCAUCCUCCACGUGGUUGUGUCAUAAGGCAGCAGCUGGUGGGCCCUGGGUCCUUCAGGGCAUCGUGCAGUGUGUAGGGAGGUGAUGGGGGAGAGACCGGUGGGUGACGAGGCUGCUGUCUGCUGAUCAGAGGAGGCUGUUGCUCAGUCAGUGUAUUUGCAGUCACGAGGCCUGAGCCCUCACAGCUUCCUGCCAGGUCCCUGCUCAGCGCUGUGCCAGCUCAGUGCAUUGGGAGGGGGGUGCCUGGGGGGUGCCUAUGCGUGUGCGUGUGCGUGUCCUACCAAUAAACA